GGUAAUACUUUGUCGCGGGUGUACAUUUACCCUCUACAUGACUGGUGACGCCCACACGGCAAGUGGCGGUUGUGAAGUGUGAAGGUGGACAGUGCGAUGGCAACCUCUCAGAAGCUGACGGACCAUUUCUUGUCCUGUACAAUAUGUACAGAGGUGUUUGACAAGCCCUGUACACUUGUGUGUAAUCACACCUUCUGUCGGAAAUGUAUCGUCAACUACACCAAAACCAGACCAGAAGCCAUCAGUGCCAAGUCCCUCCUGUGUCCAUUCUGCAGAAAGAUGACGAAAGUGUCCGCUCCUGAGAGACCAGUGGAGGAGUGGGCGGAUGACGUCAAACCUAUCUUUCUCAUCCAGGGACUCUUGGACUCGUUUGGCCCUGGAUCCAAAGAUACGACCAAUUGUACCUACUGCCAAGAACAUGGGGAGACAACUGUGGCUGUUGCUUGGUGCUCCGUCUGUGAUGAUGCACUCUGUGAGAAAUGUACUGGAGCUCACAACCGCAUCCCAUCAUUUCGUCACCAUGACGUCACUGACCUGUCUGGAGAGGUCAAGGUCAAGGGAAAGCGAAAGGCCAUGUGCAAGGAGCACAAACAGGAGUCGCUAGAAUUUCUCUGUCAGGACUGCAAGAAGGCCGUGUGUCAGAAAUGUUGCAUACUUUAUCACAGGAAAUGUGAUGCCGUUGUCACGAUCACCUCACAGAUGGUGACAAUGAAAACAGAGCUGACAGAAAUGAAGAAGUCAUUAUCAAAGAAGGAAGGUGAGACGAAACUUCGUGUGAAGGAACAAAAGUUGCAGGAGCAGAGAGAGAGAGAUCAUUAUUCACUGAUGAAGUCACACAUUCAUUCCGCAUGCCAGAAAGUUAUAGAUCGGGCCAAGAAAAAAGAAAGGAAGCUACUCGAUCGGAUGGAAGAUAUUUCACAUAAACACAUCGGACAAUUGAAAGCAGACAUAAAGACAGGUGAGAUGUCGGUACUGAUGUACCAACAUCAGACGGAGCUGAUAGACCAGGCUCUACAAUCUGAGUGUGACAUGGAUGUGUAUGAGAUGUAUCAGGGAUGUGAGGCCGGUGAUGUGGAGGCUGUUCGGGACGCUGACCUGAAGGAGGGAGGAAGAAUAGCCAGUGUCACACUCCGACAAGACUCAGACAAGCUGAGUAAAGCACUGGACGAUCUACAGCUGGGUGAGAUAGAGGUCCUGUAUGAGAGUGUGCUGGACCUGAAGGCUACUCCUGUGUUACAAGACACCAUUGACAUCAGAGUAGCAGACGACAGGAGUAAACCAAUCCCCAGUGACGUGACAGUGCUGGUGGUGAAUGACAUAGACACCGUUGUAGUCACCGACUUCAACAACAGGAGUGUGAAGUCCUUCUACACCAGCAACAAUCAGCCAGGCCACAGUAAGCUCCUGCUUGAUAGAAGUCCCUAUGGUAUUACGAAGUUGACACACGAUCAGGUAGCUGUCACUGUGCCAGCAACCAAACAGAUUGUAACAGUAAAUGUCAAACCAGACCUGGAGUUACUGACAACCAUCACAACCAGCAAACAGUAUCGGGGUAUAACGUCCCUGACUCCAUCAACACUAUCAGCUGGUUCCCAGCCUCCUCCUUGUGUUGACAUCCUGGAUAUGACAGGAAACGUGCUGAGGUCUAUCAGAACACGUCACAAAGGUAACAACAUCUUUCAGUAUCCUAACUUCCUCAGUACUACGAGGACAGGUAACAUCCUGGUGUCUGACUGGGGAACCAAGUGUGUCGUGUGUCUGACCCCCGAGGGAGAUGUGGUGUUCAGCUACAGCCCUACAGGAGACACAGCACUGAGUAUCCUCAGGGUAUCACAAGUACCGACACAGGCGACAUCCUGGUUACAGACUUCAGUCUACACAGAGUCAUCCAUCUGACUGAGUCAGGACAGUUUGUACAAAAUCUGCUGACAUCCGAGGACUGUAUUCAGAAUCCACGUGGACUGUGUAUAGAUGAGAGAGGGUGGCUACGUGUUUGUCUUAACAAGGGUGUCAUACAGACGUUCUCGUGUAAAUAGAGAAACACUGAUGAGCUGCUGCUACAUGUCAG